CGCGGGCCUCCCUGGCGGGGUGGGGUACCAAGGUGUCCAGGUUGCCCCCCAUCUGGGACGGGGCGGGCAGCUGUGGGUUCCUGGGCUAAGGAGCCCCACACCCCGCCCAAACUGCCACUCCCUUCCCAGAUGGAUUUUGAAGCACCCCCGUCCAAGCUGGCCUCUGGCUCCCUGGCCAGAGAGAGAUAUGCUUACUUCUGCUAUUCCUGCCUUUAACUGGGACACUCAGUGCCACCGGGACGCCCCUCCAGGAGGCCCCACCGCCUCUGGGACACUCCCCCCAUGCGUGCAUCCCACAGAUAUUUAUGGAGCAUCCGCUGGGUCCCGGGAUCCAAGUCACGCCCCUGUGCUGAGCUUGACUUGGCACAGACUCUGACUCUGAAACUCAGCCUCAGGCCGGAUUCAGGGGGCUGCCUGGCUGAGAGCACCGUGUUUCCUCACAGACCUCAGACUCCCCUGCAGUGUUAAGGACCUGGUUGGCUCCGGGGACGUCAGGCCCAGUGAGCUCGGGUUUCUAAAGCACUGGGGCCCCACCAAGAAGCAAGGCUCAUAUAGUGUAGUUUGCUCUUUCCCUGGCAUCACACACCAAGGUUGGGGGGUCCUGCUUGGGGUCUUUCCCUGAGUGGUUUUGGUGGGAACCGGGUUCCUGAAGUAGAGGAUGAGCUCUGGGCUGCAUGGGCCCCGGUGCGCCUGGGACUCGGCCCCACAGAAGCUCAUCUAGCUGAGAAUAAGGCCUUUGGGCCAAGCAAGGGGUCCUCUCUGCAGCUCAGGAGUGACAAACCUGGGAGCCCUGGUGACCAGGGUGCCUAGUCAAGAGGGGUCGGCACCAGGAGCAAGCUUUCUGGGAGCCCCUGAUUUGUGUGGAAAGCUCUGUGCACCUGAGAGUGGCCGCAAGAGGAGAGUAUGGUGGCCGCAUGGACAGUUCGGUCCCCCAAGGACAGACAUUCUUGGUGAGCGGAGCCCCCUGGGAUGUACCAGGCACAGAGAAAUAUGCAGGCAGGUCUGGGGCCUCCGGCCAUGGCAAACCCACUCUGUGCAUAAUUCCCAAGAAUGACCAGGAAUGCCCCCUGUCCUGGAAGAGCCCAUGGGACCAGAGUCAGGAUGAACCCAAGUGUCUCCCACUCAAUUAAUCCCCAUACCUGGCUCCAGGAAGAGGAAAAUGGGAGUAUUUACUAGCCGUGGGGUUACCAGCUUUGGGCGUAUUCCCAGCUCCUGGUGAAAGGCCACUCCAAGCCUGGCGGUGCCCCGUGUAUGCAGAGCUGAGCAGCAACUGGUGCCCAGGUGGGGACAGAGUGGCAGAGGCUGGGGAGCACCGGACAAACAGCAGGCCAGCAGGGUGGCAGCUGGCCGGCCCAGGAGGGAGCGGAAGGCAGAGGCCAGCAGGAGAGGAAAAGCUCAGGGAGGACUCAGGACGACGGCUUUCUUAUACCUACCGCCUUGGUGGGAGGGCCGGGCUGGGCGGAGGCGGAGACCCUGAGAGACCUCAUUCCUCACCGGAACGGCCCCAGAGGCGCCUCUGCGCACUGUGUCCUGGGCGCAGAAGGCAGGAAGGACUCAUGGGAAGCUGACCUGUGGCUGGAAGUGGAGCCCUUCCUGUAGGAUGCAUUCCACACCUGAGUGGGAAGGAGACUCGGGCAGUAGGAAGGCUGCUAGCAAACCUCAUUAGCAGGCCUUCUGCAGCCUGUCCCUAAAAGAAGUGGAGUAGCCAACAGGUUGGAGUAGAGCAUGGAAAAUGGAAGCUUCGGAAGAGCUCUCAACUUCCUGAAGCAGGGCUGACCCUCCUGCCCGGGGUGAACAGGCCGACUGGUCCUGGGAAGCUGCCCCUUCCAAGCUCAGCCCGAGGGCCCACUGGGGGCUAAGGCCUUGGAGGACCGGCCCGCGAAGGUCCCCAGUUCCCUCUCCUCGGUGCCUGAGAGCUCUGCCCACUGAAGAGUGAGGAGUCCGGAGAAAGAGGAGGCAGGGAAGGCGGCCCGGAGGCACCAUGUUCCGCAAGAAAAAAAAGAAACGCCCUGAGAUCUCGGCCCCACAGAAUUUCCAGCACCGCGUCCACACCUCCUUCGACCCCAAAGAAGGCAAGUUCGUGGGCCUCCCCCCACAAUGGCAGAACAUCCUGGACACACUGCGGCGACCCAAGCCCGUGGUGGACCCUUCACGCAUCACCCGGGUGCAGCUCCAGCCCAUGAAGACAGUGGUGCGGGGCAGCGCGGCGCCCAUGGACGGCUACAUCUCGGGGCUGCUCAACGAUAUCCAGAAGUUGUCAGUCAUCAGCUCCAACACCCUGCGCGGCCGCAGCCCCACCAGCCGGCGGCGGGCACAGUCCCUGGGGCUGCUAGGGGAUGAGCAGUGGGCCGCCAACUCGGACAUGUACUUGCAGAGCCCCCAGUCUGAGCACAGGGACCCCCAUGGCCUCUACCUCAGCUGCAACGGGGCCGCACCAGCAGGGCGCAGGCAUGUGCCAUGGCCCGAGCCACAGAGCCCGCGGGUCCUGCCCAGUGGGCUGGCCACCAAGGCACAGUCCCUGGGCCCCACCGAGUUCCAGGGCGCCCCGCAGCGCUGCCUGCAGAGCUCCCCAACCGGCACCUCGGCCUCCACGGCUGCGGGCAGGCGGGGGCCCAAGACUGCCGGGCAUGGCUCUGAGGAGGCCCGGCCACAGUCCUGCCUGGUGGGCUCGGCUGCAGGCAGGCCGGGGGGGGAGGGCAGCCCCAGCCCCAAGACCCCGGAGAGCAGCCUGAAGCGCAGGCUGUUCCGAAGCAUGUUCCUGUCCGCUCCUGCCGCCGCCCCUCCAAGCAGCAGCAAGCCAGGCCCUCCACCACAGAGCAAGCCCAACGCCUCUUUCAGACCGCUGCAGAAAGACCUCCCCCCAAGCCUGGUGGCCAAGGCCCAGUCCUUGCCCUCAGACCAGCCCGUGGGGACCUUCAGCCCUCUGGCCACCUCGGAUACCAGCAGCCCCCAGAAGUCCCUCCGCACAGCCCCAGCUGCCGGCCCCCCUCCAGGACGGUCUUCCCCGGCGGGCUCCCCCCGCACCUGGCAUGCCCAGAUCAGCACCAGCAACCUUCACCUGCCCCAGGACCCCGCAGUGGCCAAGGGUGCCCUGGCUGGUGAGGAAACGGGCGUUGUGACACACGAGCAGUUCAAGGCUGCACUCAGGAUGGUGGUGGACCAGGGUGACCCCCGGCUACUGCUGGACAGCUACACGAAGAUUGGCGAGGGCUCCACGGGCAUCGUCUGCCUGGCCCGGGAGAAGCACUCGGGCCGCCAGGUGGCCGUCAAGAUGAUGGACCUCAGGAAGCAGCAGCGCAGGGAGCUGCUCUUUAAUGAGGUGGUGAUCAUGCGGGACUACCAGCACCUCAACGUGGUGGAGAUGUACAAGAGCUACCUGGUGGGCGAGGAGCUGUGGGUGCUUAUGGAGUUCCUGCAGGGCGGGGCCCUCACGGACAUCAUCUCCCAAGUCAGGCUGAAUGAGGAGCAGAUUGCCACCGUGUGCGAGGCCGUGCUGCAGGCCCUGGCUUACCUGCACGCCCAGGGUGUCAUCCACCGGGACAUCAAGAGCGACUCCAUACUGCUGACCCUCGAUGGCAGGGUGAAACUCUCGGACUUCGGAUUCUGUGCACAGAUCAGCAAAGAUGUCCCUAAGAGGAAGUCCCUGGUGGGAACCCCCUACUGGAUGGCUCCCGAAGUGAUCUGCAGGUGUCUGUAUGCGACUGAGGUGGAUAUCUGGUCUCUGGGCAUCAUGGUGAUUGAGAUGGUAGAUGGAGAGCCACCCUACUUCAGUGACUCCCCAGUGCAAGCCAUGAAGAGGCUCCGGGACAGCCCCCCACCCAAGCUGAAGAACUCUCACAAGGUCUCCCCAGUGCUGCGAGACUUCCUGGAACAGAUGCUGGUGCGAGACCCCCAGGAGAGAGCCACAGCCCAGGAACUCCUGGACCACCCCUUCCUGCUGCAGACGGGGCUGCCCGAGUGCCUGGUGCCCUUGAUCCAGCUCUACCGCAAGCAGACCUCCGCCUGCUGAGCCCAGCCCCAGAGUGCGCCUGCCACCUGUGCCCACAGGCAGGGGACACUGGGCCACCAACUUGCCAACAGGGCCUGGCUGCCUGCCUCAUUCUCUCAGUAUUCUCUCCAAAGAUUGAAUGUGAAGCCCCGACCCUGCCCUCCUGCCCCUCAGCCCACUGGGCCAGGCCGGACCUGCCCCUCAGUCACUUUCCCUCCCAAGAGUCCCCAGUUGCCUCUGGGAUGAUGGAGACCUCUUCUGCAGGAUGACCCUUUGUUAUCUGCACAGGGAUAUUUCUAUGAAACAUGGAGACCAGUGCUUCUGGCCACUGUGGCCAACACAGCAGAAAAGGCUGCUGAGGUUUUUUUUUUUUAAAGUAGUAGGACACAAGCAUCCCAGGUCACCCAAGAGGCAGACUGCCUGUCUUCAUCAGGAUACUUGCUGUUCUCAGCUCCAAUUCCAAAUCCUGGGGUCUGGAAGGUGUUUAUUGCCUGACUCCAUCUUCCUCCCUUGUGUCUGACUUCCUGAAGGCACAGUCGCACCUGCACCUGCUUCCCGACCCACCUGAGCUGACAACACACUCCCUGCACAGCCCGCGCCCAACUGUGAACAGCCUGCUCGGAGGCCGUGACGGGGAGGGGAAUUUUCUGGGUGAAAGAGGAAGAAGGCAGCUGGUGGUAAAGUAGUCUCACUUCACAGGAUGCGGGUGCGCACACACGUGUGUGUGUGUGUGUGUGUGUGUGUGUGGUGUGGAGGAAGGUCACCCACGACUGUCUUCGGUUAGGCUUCUCCAUCUUCUCUCCCACUAAACUCUGCUCUGAAGGUGACCUGCUUCCUUGGCCCGGUUUCCCACCUCUUAAGUCCCGGGGUUCUGCCUGACCAGCGAAGAGGUCUGUACUGAGUCGAACACAUCCUGGGGGCCUGGCCGGUUUCCGAGUUUCUCCUGUACUGUGGGAUCUGAGAGCCAGGGACCAGAAUGGUGAGGGAACAAACUUGUUUUACCUGUGAGCUUCAUCUCAACAACCAGGUCAUCGGGGACCCAUUCUUCUUUUGUGUGCUUGGGGGACCUGUUUUCAAAAUCCCGGUCUGGGAGAGGUGAACCAGCUCCCACUUCCAUCAUGUCACUGGAAUGGGCAGCCCAUUUGUGCGAACCACGUGCCCCUAGCUGCCUCCUCAGACACCUGUCUCCUUGUCCCCCUCCCCUCCCCACCUUCAGGGCUGUUGUGAGACAGGGAAUCCCAGGGAAGAACUCCAGGUGUCUGGACCCUAUCUAGAUAAUAUUUUUAGAUUCCUCUAUCCCUAGUGGCCUGCUUUGGGGCAAAAAAAAAAAAAAAAAAAAAAAAAAAUUGCAAGGACUUUUUUUAAGGGUCAGAGUUUUAAAAACAAAAGCAUUGUCCCUUUUGUGAAUUGUUUGCACUUGUGCCUGUUUUAAAUUAAACGGAGUGUUCAAAA